AUGACUUGCAUUUUUAUCAUCACGUUUGCUUUUUGGUUGAUUUUUCAUUUCGUAGUUGCUCAACCUCAGACCGGUUUGCAAAAUUAUCUUGUUCAUGUAAAUAAGCCUGAUGUACAAGUUGUGACUAAUUCAGCUGAUUUGAAAAGUUAUUAUAACUCUUUUUUACCGGUAGAGAUUGUUGGUUCAGAGGAGCCAUCGCGAAUUAUUCACUCAUAUCACCAUGUGGUAUCUGGCUUCGCAGCCAGGUUGUCAGCUGAGGAGGUAAAAGAAAUGGAAAUGAAAGAUGGUUUUGUGUACGCGAGGGUUGAGAAGAUUUUAGCUUUGCAUACAACGCAUACUCCAAACUUUUUGGGGUUGUAUCGGAAUGUGGGGUUCUGGCAAGAGUCAAAUUAUGGUAAAGGUGUGAUUAUUGGGGUUCUAGACACUGGGAUUAAUCCAGGUCAUCCAUCUUUUAGUGAUAAAAACAUGCCACCUUCACCGGAGAAAUGGAAAGGGAAAUGUGAAUUCAUAGGGAAUGUAACGUGUAAUAAGAAGCUUAUUGGUGCGAGGAAUUUUGUGAGGGGUUCAACUGAUCCACCUUUUGAAGAAGGAGGCCAUGGCACGCUUACAUCAAGCGUAGCUGCUGGAAACUUUGUUGAUGAUGCAAAUGUGUUUGGCAAUGCUAAUGGCACAGCAGCCGGAAUGGCUCCUCUUGCUCACAUUGCUAUGUACAAGGUGUGUUCAGACUCUGGUUGUUCCGAUGUUGACACAUUGGCUGCAAUUGAUGCUGCAAUAGACGAUGGUGUUGACGUGCUUUCUCUCUCCAUUGGUGGAUAUACUGCUCCAUUUUAUGAUGAUGGUAUGGCCAUUGGCGCUUUUGCUGCAAUCCAAAAGGGUAUCUUCAUGAGUGCUUCUGCUGGUAACGAUGGUCCACUCAGUGCUACACUAUCAAAUGUGGCCCCUUGGAUUCUCACAGUUGGCGCUAGCACCCAUGAUAGGAAGAUAGUGGCAACCGUUGUAUUAGGAAAUGGACAAGAAUAUGACGGUGAAUCAAUUUUUAACCCCUCAGACUGUCAUACCUUUUUUCCUUUGGUGUACCCUGGCUUGUUAAAUCAAGAAUCUGCAGUAUGUAAAUCAGGAUCACUGAAUAACGCUAAUGUCAAAGGCAAAAUUGUCGUGUGUGACAAAGGCGGUGGUGUAACAAGACUUGAGAAAGGGAAAACAGUAAGGGAUGCAGGUGGUGUUGCUAUGGUUCUUGUCAAUCUAGAGAUUGACGGAGAUGGCACAUUAGCUUAUGUUGAUGUCCUUCCUACGACAAAUGUAGGUUAUAGUACAGGAGAAAUGAUUAAAGCCUACGUAAACUCAACCUCCACACCUUUGGCCGGAAUCCUUUUCAAAGGCACUAGCAUAGGCUUUAAGAGUGCACCAUCAGUAUCGUCUUUUUCCUCUAGGGGUCCUAGCUUGGCAAGUCCAGGCAUACUCAAACCAGACAUUAUCGGUCCUGGAGUGAACAUCCUUGCAGCAACACACGUUUCAGCGGAGAACAAAAUUGGCACCUAUUUGACAUUUAACAUCGUCUCAGGUACCUCAAUCUCAUGUCCUCACCUUAGUGGCAUUGUGGCUCUGGUUAAAAGUGCACACCCUGAUUGGUCACCAGCUGCUAUUAAAUCCGCGAUAAUGACUACAGCUGAUCAAUUCAAUCUUGAAGGUCAGCCCAUCCUUGAUCAGAGGAAUCUACCAGCUGAUAUUUUUGCUACUGGUGCCGGACAUGUAAAUCCAUCAAAAGCAAAUGAUCCGGGACUUAUUUAUGACAUCCAACCGCAUAACUACAUCAUGUAUCUAUGCGGUCUUGGCUACACCGAUAAACAAAUUGGACUCAUAGUGCAACAAACUAUCAAAUGCUCACUACAAUCAACCAUACUUGAGGCAGAACUAAACUAUCCUUCUUUCUCUAUUAUACUAGGACAACAGUCACAAAAUUAUACAAGAACGGUUACAAAUGUUGGUGAUGCAAGCUCAACUUAUGUCGUUAACAUCAUUCAAAUUCGAGGAGUCCAUAUAGUUGUUGAGCCAACCACACUUGCCUUCACCAAGGUGAACCAACAAGCAACUUAUUCAGUUUCCUUUACACAAAUAGGUAGUAGCAUCACUGGCCAUUUUGUUCAAGGAACUAUAUCAUGGAUGUCUAAUAAGUAUGUUGUUAGAAGCCCAAUCUCUGUUGAAUUGGAAUAA